AUGGCCGAUACCACCGAGGACGCUCCUAAUGACGAAGCAACCCGAAUUCCUAGCACCAGCAAGCGAAUUUUACGAGGCAAAGACGCCUCUCCGCGCAAGCGAUCGAGAGUAUCCUCUGAACCUGGUCCUAUCAAUCAAGGAUUGCCCCGAUCAACCCGUCGACCGCUCGCCGACAUGAGCGUCAACCAGACGGCCCCUUCUCCUCAAGCCUCUCAAGCGCAGCCACAGACGGUGAAACAGGCCGAAAUGGUCGACAAACUGACGAAACCAGUCGCUGCUGUCUCUUACAAGUCUGGCCAGCAUUCCACAGUCAACCGCGCGGAGGCAUUUAAACCACCCGCUCCCAACGCGGAAGCACACUCAUCAGCCCAGCCGAAGCAUGCAUGCCAAUAUGCUGGCCAUAGCUGCCUGCUCACAAACACUACAGUCCUCCUCUCCCCAUGCAUCGCCCAACAGCCCUGGAUAACCGAGAACCUCCUCCCCCUCCACGGUAUCCAACAAUGGGCGACGAAUUCGCACGACUGGACCGAUAAUCCACCUGCCCCGAAACCAUCCGCAUCUUCGUCGUCAUCGACCACAAACACUCAGAAACGGAGUCUGCGUCCCCGUAGGAUCUGCUUCGUUGAACACAACCGCAAAGAAGCGACCCACGCCAUGAUGACGCACCUCGAAGGCAAUCCGCAGUACACGCCGGGCGGCAGGCGCGAGUACGUCGAGGUGUACGACUGGCGGUUUUUGGAGGACAUCACUGCUCUGGAAAAGGAGCUCAAAGGAUCGAGGCCCUUGGCCGAGCACUCGGGUCCCAAGCGGAAGUGGUGGGUUGGUUUGGCUUAG